UCUUGAAAAUGCCGCAUGCGCACUCGAGUUCUGCAGCGAGCUCGGGCGGCGACGACCUGGGCUCCACGGACGAGGUCAAAGUAUUCAAAGACGAAGGUGACGGAGAAGACGAGAAACGAAGUUCGGAGAACCUUCUGGAAGAGAAGUCUAGUCUUAUCGAUUGGACUGAAAGUGAGGAAAAGUCCGGCGAGCCUUAUACCGGUAAACUAUCGGUGAAGUCGGAUUUAAGUCCCGUAUUUGGUAAAUUCGAUCCUCACCCGGCAGCUAGCUUCAACAUGGGCUACCUCAUGGCGCCUUACCCCUACCCCAACGGAGGAGCGCAUCCUUUGCCUGUUUCUAUGACAAGCAAGAUGGGCCUAUCAGCUGGGGGCGGUCUGUCCCUCUUUUGUCCUGGCGGAGAGCUGGGUCAGCCUCCCCCAGCGCAUAUGGGCAUCCCCCCUCCGUAUCAACUUGAUUCCAAGUUAGCGGCUGGUCUUGCGCGAACCCCCAUGUACCCCUUCCCUGGGGGUACGUACCCUUACCCCAUGCUCAGCCCUGAGAUGUCGCAGGUUGCGGCAUCAUGGCAUACCCCAAGCAUGUAUCCUAUAUCUUCGGCGGCGAGUGGGUUCCGGAGUCCGUACCCCACUUCUCUGCCGAUUACAAGUUCUAGUCUAUCAAGUGAAUUAUAUCGGUUCUCCCCAACGCUGGGGGGCGGUCUGGGGUUAGGUUUGGGCCCAGCGCUCGUCCCCCCACCACCCUCCAAAGCAGACCUCUUUACGCAUCAUUCAAGGUCACAAGAGAAGGGCUCGAGUAGCAGCAGUGCUGACAAGCAGGCGGAGAGCUCAGGCAGUAACAACAAGGAGCAAAAUAAGAAACCUCACAUCAAGAAACCACUGAACGCCUUCAUGCUCUACAUGAAAGAGAUGAGGGCGAAGGUGGUCGCCGAGUGUACGCUCAAGGAGUCCGCAGCCAUCAACCAGAUACUGGGAAGACGGUGGCAUUCGUUGAGUCGCGAGGAGCAGGCAAAAUACUAUGAGAAAGCGAGACAAGAGCGACAGCUCCAUAUGCAGCUGUAUCCAGGGUGGAGCGCGCGGGACAACUACGGUUACGGUUCCAAAAAGAAAAAGCGGAAAAAGGACCGCGGUCCCGCAGAGUUGGGAGGAAAUAAUUUGAAAAAAUGUCGAGCGAGGUAUGGUCUCGACCAACAGAACCAAUGGUGCAAACCUUGCAGGCGGAAGAAGAAGUGCGUGCGAUACAUGGAAGCUCUGGCCGCCGCCGCAGGGAGCAUGCCACUUCCGAUGGUGACCCCCAAGUCCCCCUACUCUGAGGAGGACGUGAAGUUAGAAGAACUCUCAGACGCGUCUAGCGACGAAGCCGACACCCCCCUCAACUCGGCUUCAAGCCCCGGGGGCCUCAGUGCUCUCUCCUCCCUAGCGUCCCCCGCUUCUGACCCUCCUCCACCCCCACGUAACCCCGUCGGCACUAACCCCCGGGACGCGAACAAUCCCCUAUCUGUCGGUCAGCUCACUUCCCAAUCGUGGCCCCGAGCGGCUCAGUCGAGGCCAGGCCACGAAGUGAUAUCGGUCUCAUAG